GUGUCAUUUUCUUUCUCAUAUGAGGGUCAGUGCCUCGGAAUUUGUCUGGGGAGUAGAGAUUGGGAGAUGAAAGACCUGGACUACAAUGAUUGAUGUACAUUGUCACUGGACUACGAGUUUAGGCGGGCAGUUCUUGGGGUCUUGUAAAUGUUGAUACAGGCUGGCAUUAUGAAGACGGGCUUCAGCAAAUGGAUGUGUACAGAGGUCGGGUUUCAGCGAAUUUGUGGUUGUCAUUCGUGAGCAAUUAAUAAUUACUAAUUACGCUCAGCCAAUGCAAGUGGAUAUAGGUGAGGUUGAAGCGGAAGCGAACAUUUCCCUGGGCUGCGGGAACAGUAGAUUUAUUUUGUAAUGACCAUCCGCGGAUCGAACGGUGCAUGGUGAUCUUGAGAGCAGAAUUCGGCAAUCUAGCAGCAUGUCCUCCAUGGAAUGCGAAUGGUGCUGGGCUCGAGUGAAAAUUGAUCACUUUGUGCCGUUUGCUGCAGUCAGCCAUUAAAAAAAAAAUAAUAAUAAGAAGGAACGAAAAAAACAUGGGUGAUGUCAUUGUUGGAAAACGCCAUGGUUCAGGAAUUGCAGGUCAAUGUUCAGAAUGGAGGCGACACAUUCAAGUGACUGCGGAAAGAGUGGCUUAGACAAAGCGCAGCAAUUUGAACAUCUCUACCGAAUUGCAGGAGUGGCUUAGACAAAGCGCUGCAAUUUGAACAUCUCUACCGAAGUGCAGGCAAUUGCGGUUGUGCUCACCACUGACCUGAAGAGUCGAACUCCCUGCCACAUGUUUCAGCUGCAGUGUAUACACCUGGGAGGUGGUAGCGGUCGCCAAAUGAUGAUAAUCCACUGCCAGUGCUUGCAAUUUACUCAGCAACCACUCUCAGCAGGCAACAGAUUGAAAGUGCUGCUUCGCCACGAUUUGGUCCCUCGCCACUGACCUGACGAGUUGGCCUCCUGCUUUGAUUCAGCGGCAAACAAUUCGAACUCGCAAGGGGUUGCAAAUGAUCGUGCCGUUGCACAGACUCUUGACAGCCAGCAACGCUAUUGAUUGAAGUGUCAUACGACCACAUUCUUCUGGGCUUGCAGUGAUUGUAACACGAGAGCAUGGACGUCGUUCCUAAUCGUUGUCCCGGCCCGUGGGCCUUUAGCUCGAGUGGUAUCAUUCAGUCACCUUGUGCACGGAGUCGUGUCUCCGACCAGCGAAGGGUGAAACAGUGUGGCAAGGAUUGAAUGCCAACGCCAGACCAGAACAUUUUGGCAUCCGUCCUGGUGAUUGUCAGCGGGCGUCAUUCGCUCAGACCAUACCGGCAAGGAAUCAACAAUUUCUCUGGGGGUCGAGUGUGAGUCUUACGACUCAGCAACAGUGGCUUAUGAUCCUCUGAAAGUGUAGUAGGGAGUAUGCACUGUGCGACCAUCAAGGUGUCUACAACGUUUCCCAGGUUAAAGAAGGCAACAAACGGUACUUGCAACGUUUCCACGAGAAAGACGUGUUGCCUUGCUUUCAAUCGAGUGCCUUGGAAUCAUACUACGGGAAUUUACGGAACAAUCAAUAAUGUAAGUCCAUUGUCACUGAUGUUGGUGAACGUAGCGCUUUCACUGCGGGCUGGCUUCUUCUCCUGUGAAUACCUCUCCCCAGGCAACGAGUCGACCCACGCUAAUGGGCCUAUUUUGUGGGUGGGGAGCUCAUCUUUGUCAACUCGUUUCUCCAUCAGGGCAAGCGGGCAUCCAACGACUCUGCAUGCCCUUGCAGGGGUUGUAUUAUCAGGGCAAGUUUGGACUGCUGCAAGCUCUCAGAGUUUCAUGGCUAAGGACUCGAUACCUUCCUGGAAAUGCCGUUGCUGGCACCUAAAUCUGUUUUAACUUUUAAGGUUGUAUCGAUGACAAGGAGGGAGGAAUAUAGUAGUAUCUACUCGUGGGCAGCCUGUUGAUUCUAUGGCUCUUUGCCGUAGAGAGGAGCAAAAGAGGUGGAGGCUGCUGACAGGAAGACGAUGCCCGCUAAGGACUCGAUACCUUCCUUGAAAUGCCGUUGCUCAACUCCUUACGACCACCACCACGUCCGUAUCAGGUUAGGGGAGAAGGGGUGGAAGCGGAGGAUGGGUGGGGUCUGAGGGGUAAGGGUUACUAGAUUAUGGGAUCUGUUCGCCGUUGAUGCUGGUCUGGGUGGUUUGUCAUGUCUGGUGGUCUCUCUCCUGUGGGAGGGCGCUGUGGUGCGGGCAUUCUGCAGGUACUCUGUGUGAGAGCAGCUACCUGGGCCCUAUGCAGUCGAAGUGGGCAUGUGGCGGGUAGAGUGUUGGUGCAGUCCGUGUUUCGGUAAUUAGUGUUGGGGGGAGGCGCGUUCUGGACGGACAGGUCUUCUUUGUAUAUAUACCAGAGCGGGUACUCUGUUGUUUAUAAAAAUGUACUCAUGUAGCAAUAUAGUCAGCAAUAUAGUCUUCCUGUCCGGGUAUGGAGUGGGGGAUAGGGAGUGUCUGUUUCAUGAAAGUCGAGUAGUAUGCCUCAUGGUCUUGUAUUGGUAUAUACUAUAUAACCCAAACUCCUAAUUAGUGUAAAUUGUCCGGGUUGCUGACGAAGAUCCCCAGCUUGGGGACCUUUCCAUUAGAUCCUCUUUGGGCUUUCUGGAGAGUCUGCCAUAUCGGGUUCACGGGGCUCAAUCCGCACAUGGCUGCAAGCCGCACAGCUGGCUGGUGAUCGGAAACCCUUGGAGGCUAGGAAUCUUUUCUUGUAGGUGUUUAAGGACGGGUGGUCUAUCUCGUCUUCCUGUCAGCAACGGCACUGCUGUAUCUUCACUAUGGCUGGGUGCAUUUACGGGUAGCAUGGUCGUAGUCUGUGAAAGACUGCAGCACAGGGAAAUACAGUCAAAUUAUUAGUUGUGCUGACUUAGACUUCCUAAUUAAUUAAAGGGCCAUGGUUCUUGGACAUUGAUCGGUCUUCGGCCCGCCCUUAAGCCAGGGCAGGCCAUCUUCUUACUGGCCAAUCUGGCAUCACACCACAGUGUGAGACUGAGGUACAAUAUGGGAAUUGCAAUUGCAAUCCUCGCUACGAGGGAAGGUGAUGGAAGUUAACUCGAGGUCGCGAGACUCUUUUGAAUGUGUUAUGGAUAUGUUGCAGAAAGCAGCGUAUUAUGUUUCAACCCCCAUUUGGCAUUUGUAUCUCUGACUGAUUUUGUAAUGAUUACAAUCG